CCCCCCUUCCUCCCCGCGGCCUCCCGAGCUCCCCCGGGGCGCAUGCGCGGUGGCGGCCGCCGCUGCUGCCUCCCCUCCUCUUCCUCCUCCUCCUCCUCCUCCUUCUCCUCCUCCUCCUCCUCCUCCUUCCCGACAGCGGCGGCGGCGAUGAGGAGGAGCGCGGGGGGGGGCGGCGGCGGGACGGCCGGUUGUUCGCGCCGCUGAAGGGACACGAAGCAGCGCCGCGCCGAGGCGGGGGCGGGGGGCCCCGAGUCGCUGCCCCCCCCGCAGCCCCGCCGGGGAGUUUCUUCCACAUCCCCCCCCCCCCCCCAAAAACACACCGAGACCCCCCCCCACCACCCCCGUCCCUCGGGGGCGGCCCCGCGGAGCGCCGCUCCCUCCUCCUCCUCCCCCUUUAUUACCCUUUGUGUGCGUCUCCGCCUUCCUCCCCGCGCCCGGGGGCCCUGAGUUUUAGGGAGAGCCCAGUGCCUGUUUGAUCCAAGCUUGCCCACAAUUCCAUGGAAGGAAAUAAAGGGAUGGAGCACAUUUCAGCUUUUCCACCUGUGGCACAGCUGGGUCAGUGAGAGAAGAUGAAAGCCAGAAGAUCCAAUGAGUUUGGACAGGACAGCUGGAAGUGCAGGAGAUCCUUGCUGACGAUGGUGGUGGCUGGAGGCAGCACUGUUGAAGAUUUUAUCAUUUACAGACAAGAUCUCUGAAAUCUGUUUCCUUCAGACAGCAAAGGAAGAAGAGGCUUCACCACAACAAAACGGGCAAAAACCACAAAGACUUGAAGAAACAGCACUUCUCUAAUUCUUCCCAAAAUUCCCAGAACCACCAAAUCCUAAAGGAUUGCACCCAGCAGUCUUCCUGAUUUCAGAUCUAAGUGGGGUGCAGGAGUUCCUCACAUGAGGGGUGGAGGGAGGCAAGGAGCCGGCCCCAAUGGACAUAGCCCAUCAUCGAGAGCACCACAGGAGACUGUCUAGAGCAAAGCUCAAAGUGCAGCAGCAGUUCUGAAAAGCCUAAAAGAUCCCCAAGAUAACUUGAAGCAAGACCAUGAGAAGCAAUGUAGCUUGGAGUGAACAAGAUGACCAGAGCCACCUUCAAUCUAACCCUGAAUGAGGAAAAAGGCUGUUUGAUUGGAGCCAAGGAGUCAGCAAAGAACCUCAAGAAGACAACUUGGAUCAUGACCAGAAGAUAAAAAGAAAACAAAAAAAGAAUGUGGCAUAUAAAGGGUGUAAUACCUGGAGGUAUUGGAUCUGACUCAUAUUUAUAAAAAUGAGACGAGCUUUCACAAAACACAAGUUAUCUUAGACAGUCAUCAAGCUUGGAGCCAUCAUGCUGUUGAACUAGAAAUUCUCCUUUUCCCCAUUCUCCUUUCUGACAGGUAACAAAGGAUUGGUGAAUUAUGAUUUUCCCAAGUCGGAAGCACUAAUUUUUAUCUAUAUAGUUCAUCCUUAUGAAUAUAUAAGGAGUUAAACAUUGCAUAUUUAAUGUGGAUUAUAAUGGGAGAGUGACUCAUUAACCAAAAUGGCCACUUUUGAGGACUUGGUUUCAAACUGAGCUGGAGCCUCCCGAUGCACUUUGUAGGAUUUGGGGGAAGCUGUGCUGCAGGGCCUGCUUUGGGAGGCCAGGAUGACAUGUAGUAAAAGGAUAUCACCUUACUGUUGAUAUCUCUGAAGACUCAUAACCAGAAACAGGAAAAUGAAUGGUGGGAAGGAGUGUGACGGAGGGGACACGGAUGGAGGGCCACCAGCAGUGCAAGUUCCCGUUGGUUGGCAGCGGAGGGUGGACCAAAGUGGAGUUCUCUACAUCAGUCCCAGUGGGUCUUUAUUAUCCUGCUUGGAGCAGGUGAAGACUUACUUGCUGACUGAUGGAACGUGCAAGUGUGGCCUAGAAUGUCCUCUUGUUCUUCCCAAGGUCUUUAAUUUUGAUCCUGGAGCUGCUGUGAAGCAGAGAACUGCUGAAGAUGUUAAAGCGGACGAAGAUGUCACCAAACUAUGCAUUCACAAAAGGAAAAUUAUUGCUGUGGCUACACUUCACAAAAGCAUGGAAGCACCACAUCCUUCACUGGUUCUAACUAGUCCUGGUGGUGGAACAAGUGCAACGCCAGUAGUUCCCACUCGAGCAGCAACUCCAAGGUCGAUGAGGAAUAAAUCACAUGAAGGAAUUACAAAUUCUGUGAUGCCGGAAUGUAAGACUCCUUUCAAGUUGAUGAUGGGGGCAUCUAAUGCCAUGGGUAGGCUUUAUGUGCAAGAAAUGGCUGGAAGCCAGCAAGCAGAGCUCCAUCCUGCCUAUCCCAGGCAGAGAUUGGGGAGCAAUGAACUGGGGCAGAAGUCUCCGUACCGCGGCAGUCACGGGGGCAUGCCCAGCCCGGCGUCCUCGGGCUCGCAGAUCUACGGGGACGGCUCCAUCUCCCCCAGGACUGACCCGCUGGGGAGCCCCGACGUCUUCACGAGGAACAAUCCCAGUUUUCACGGAGCGCCCAACUCCAGUCCUAUCCACAUGACCAGGACGCCUCUGUCCCCGCCGUCUGUCAUGCUCCACGGCUCUCCCAUACAGUCAUCCUGUGCAAUGGCUGGAAGGACUAAUAUACCUCUUUCCCCCACCCUGACCACCAAGAGCCCAGUCAUGAAAAAACCCCUGUGUAACUUUUCGGCUGGUAUGGAAAUACCACGAGCAAUGUUCCACCAUAAACCCCCCCAAGGCCCACCCCCACCUCCUCCACCGCCUUCUUGUGCUCUUCAGAAAAAGCCAUUAACAUCCGAGAAGGACCCGCUUGGCAUACUGGACCCCAUUCCCAGCAAACCGGUGAACCAGAACCCCGUGAUCAUGAACCCCACCACCUUCCACUCGAGUGUCCACUCUCAGGUACCCGUGAUGAAUGUAAGCAUGCCCCCCGCCGUGGUGCCCCUGCCCAGCAACCUGCCCCUGCCCACCGUCAAACCCGCCCACAUCAACCAUGGCACUCACGUCCAAAGGGUUCAGCACUCGGCUUCCACGUCCCUGUCCCCGUCGCCGGUGACGUCCCCGGUUCACGUGAUGGCGCCCGGCAUGGGGAGGAUCGAGGCUUCUCCCCAAAGAUCGCGCUCUUCUUCCACCUCGUCCGAUCACGGAAACUUCCUGCUGCCUCCAGUCGGGCCACAGUCGUCCUGUAGCGGUAUCAAAGUCCCUCCCAGGUCCCCGAGGUCAACCAUAGGGUCGCCGAGGCCUUCCAUGCCAUCCAGCCCUUCCACCAAGCACGAUGGACUUAGUCAAUACAAGGACAUCCCUAACCCAUUAAUUGCUGGAAUGAGUAAUGUAUUAAAUCCUCCCAACAAUGCAGUUUUUCCCGCUGCAUCGGCUGGAAGCGGUUCCUUGAAGAGUCAGCCUGGUUUGCUGGGAAUGCCUUUAAAUCAGAUCUUGAACCAGCACAACGCUGCCUCUUUUCCAGCAAGCAGUUUACUCUCAGCAGCAGCCAAAGCACAGCUAGCAAAUCAAAAUAAACUUGCUGGUAACAACAAUAACAGCAGUAGCAAUUCUGGACCUGUUGCCAGCGGCGGCAGCACCGAAGGACACAGCACUUUAAAUCCCAUGUUCCCUCCUGCUGCCAACGUGCUCCUCCCCACCACGGAAGGGCAGAGCGGCCGGGCAGCACUGAGAGAUAAACUGAUGUCUCAGCAAAAGGAUCCUCUGAGGAAAAGGAAGCAGCCCACCACCACGGUGCUGAGCUUGCUGAGGCAGUCUCAGCUGGACAGCUCCGGGCAUCCCAAAGCCGGCUCGGAUUUGAUCAGAAAGCCAAGUCAAAGCUCCUUCCCCAUCAGCUCCAUGUCGCAGCUCCUGCAGUCCAUGAGUUGUCAGAGCUCCCACGGGAGCAGCAAUAGUUCCUCGGGCUGCGGGGGCUCCGGCGGCGCCCUGCCCUGCCCCGGCGCCCCGCUGCACCUGGCGGAGCCCGCGCUGGCCUCGGGGCUGCCCUGCCCCAACCCCGGCCCCGCCUUCGGGCCCGGCGCCGCCGCGCCCCCCUCCAACCACCUGGCGGGGCUCCUCAACCAGAUGCAGGCCAGCGGGAGCUGCGGGAUGCUCCCCCAGGCUGGGAUGGCCUUAGGGAACUCCUUGCAUCCCAGCCCGGCUCAGGCCAGGCUCCAGGCGCCCUCCACGCCGGGGAUCCCCAACAGCAUCGGGAGCAGCUGUAACCAGAGCAGUCCUGAAGCAGGGGCUUUGGGCCCGUCGUCAUCGAUAGCCAUCGCUGGCACCAGCCAAGCUGCCAUCACCAAGACCACGUCUGUGCUCCAGGAUGGUGUCAUUGUCACCACGGCAGCUGGGACCCCUCUGCAGCAGGGCCAGCUGCCCAUGGGGGGCGAGUUCCCCUUCGCUGGCCACGAGCACUCGCUCCACUUCCCGCAGAACAGCGCUUCAAACAACAAUCUGCCACAUCCUCUGAAUCAAAACCUCCUCAAUUCCCUGCCUCUCUCUCUGCCGGUGAAUCAGCAACAUCUCCUCAACCAGAACCUCUUAAACAUCCUCCAGCCUUCAGCAGGAGAAGGCAAGUCUGAGGUCAACCUCAACCCUCUGGGUUUCCUGAACCCCAACGUCAAUGCUGCUCUAGCGUUCCUCUCCGGCGACGUGGACGGGCAGGUCCUGCAGCCCGUGCACUUCCAGCUGCUGGCAGCGCUGCUCCAGAACCAGGCCCAGGCAGCCGCCAUGCUCCCCGUGCCAUCCUUCAACGUCACCAUCUCCGACCUGCUGCAGCAGCAGAACGCCCCCGAGCCCCUGCCCGAGGGCAGCAGGGUGGAGAACCUGCUGCCCGCCCCCAUGCCCGGCUUCCCGGGCGCCGACCCCGCUCCCAACCCCCUGCUCCUGCCCGCCGCCGCCUCCGGCGCCUCGGCGCUCAUGGCCCUGAACCCGCAGCUGGUGGGGGGCGUCCUGAGCUCGGGCAGCCACGCCGAGGUGGCCAUAGCCACGUCCUCGCAGGCCACCACCACCACCACCACCACCACGUCGUCGGCGGUGGCCGCGCUGUCGGUGUCGGCGCUGGGCGGGGGCACGGCCGUGGUGUCCAUGGCAGAAACGCUCCUCAACAUCUCCGGCGGCGCGCCGGGGCCCGCCAAGGUCAACAACAGCGCCGUGGUGCCGCAGCUCCUGAACCCGCUCCUGGGCACCGGCCUGCUGGGGGAAAUGUCAUCUCUGAACACUACUCUGAACAACCAUCAGCUCAGCCACCUCCAGUCACUCCUCAACAACAAUCAGAUGUUUCCUUCAAAUCAGCAGCAGCAGCAGCAGCAGCAGCAGCAGCAGCACCUUCUCCAGGGCUACCAGAACGUGCAGGGCUUUCAGGGCCAGCCCCAAAUCCCUGGCCCAGCCAACAACCCAAACCCCAUGGCGUGUCUGUUCCAGAAUUUCCAGGUGAGGAUGCAGGAAGACGCCGCCGUGCUCAACAAAAGAAUGAUCACCCAGAUGGGAAUGGCGCCGGUUCCCGAGAGCUCCAACGCUCUCCUGCCUCCCUUCCAGGAGCCCCCCUGCGACCUGCAGCAGAGACCUGACCCGUCCCUGGGCCAGCAGGCCAAGGACAACCCCAACGCCGCCGCGGCCGCGGGCGACGCCUCGGUGGACGCCAUCUACAAGGCGGUGGUGGACGCGGCCAGCAAGGGCGUGCCGGUGGUGAUCACCACGGCCGGCUCCAGCUCCGCGCAGCCGAGCCCCAUCCCCGCCCUGAGUGCCAUGAGUGCCUUCACAGCCUCCAUCGGGGACCCCCUGAACCUGUCCAGCGCCGUCAGCGCCGUCAUCCACGGCCGCGGCGCCGAGCACGAGGGGCGAGGCCGCGGCGGCCGCGGCGCGCGGGGCCCGAAGAACCCGGAGCACGGCAAGAAUUCCAGCGAGGGGGACGGCUACGAGUACUACAAACCUGCCGCUUGCAACACGCCCAAAAAGCAGUGGGAAGGGGAGCAGAGCCCCGUGGGGGAGAUCAGCAGGUGGAAGUGCGAGGAGUUCCUGGAGCACUCGGCCCACGUCCACGGCAGCCCGUGCCACGAGAGGCCCAACAACGUCUCGGCGCUGCCGCUGCUGCAGGGGGAGCAGCACCAGGCCCUGCUGGCACCGCGGAACUGUCAGAGCGAGAAAAUGCUGGAGGAGAAUUUCAGGUAUAACAAUUACAAAAGAACUAUGAUGAGUUUCAAGGAAAGGCUGGAGAACACUGUGGAACGAUGUGCACACAUCAACGGGAACCGCCCGCAGCCCAACAGGGCCUUCGGGGAGUUGCUCAACACUUCCAAACAAGACCUGAUCCUGGAAGAGCAAUCUCCCAGUUCCUCCAAUAGCUUGGAGAGUUCCUUAGUGAAAGACUACAUCCAUUACAAUGGAGAUUUUAAUGCCAAAAGCAUUAACGGGUGCGUGCCCAGCCCCUCGGAUGCUAAGAGCAUCAGCAGCGAGGAGGAGCUGCGAAACCCCGAGUCGCCCUCGUCCCACGAGCUCAUCCACUACAGGCCGAGGACGUUUAACGUGGGCGACUUGGUCUGGGGCCAGAUCAAAGGACUCACUUCCUGGCCUGGCAAACUUGGCAGAGAAGAAGAGGUUCACAAUUCAUGCCAACAGAACGCUGAGGAGGGGAAGGUGGAGCCCGAGAAGCUGAAGACACUAACGGAGGGGCUGGAGGCGUUCAGCCGCGCCAGGAAGAGAAACAGGAAAAGUGGAAAGCUAAAUAACCAUUUAGAAGCUGCUAUACACGAGGCCAUGAGUGAACUAGACAAAAUGUCUGGGAAUGUCCACCAAAUCCCGCAGGGAGACAGACAAGUGAAGCCUCCAAAACUCAAGAGGAGGAAGAUCUCUAGAUAACAUUGAAUGUCUUUGUUACUGGUCCAGUCCUUAUCACAGUGAACGUGCACAUGAGUCUAUCUGUAGGUGUUGAUCCAGACGUGGCUCUGUCAGUAUUUCUGUGGAGACAGCUCGCUGCCAUCGCAGGGCACCACGAGGAGCAGUGGUGCCAGAUUUGGGAUGAUUAGGAGGGAUAGAGGUUGCUGGAUAAGCCAAUCAGAAAUCAUGAAAGGUUGCAGUAACAAUGUCAGAUGAUUACUGAAAUUUUUUUUCUAUAAUACUAAAAAUUGUGAUUAUAAGAAAUAGUCCAAAUGUUUCUGAGAAAUUUUCAUUGUGUAUAUAGAUAAUACAGAAUUUCAUGGUGAUAUCUGAACUGUAAAUAUUGUACAAUAUUGUCAUGUACAAGCGUACCUAAUGCACACUUUAUCUUUUAUUGUACAAAAAAUAGUGUACAAAAUUCUUUGGUUUCUAUUGAGUACACAUACAAGAGACUACCAGUGUAAAGUGAUAAAUAAAAAUACAGCCUAAAUGCUUUUAUAUGAUAAUGUAAAAGAUGCUGUUUUUGUAUUUAACAGCAGAGAGAAGGCAUGAUUAUGUAAUACCUUAAUUAUGACAUCCACUUCACGCCACUGAGUGUUCAUUGCUCUGUCUGUUUGGAAUGAACCUUGCCUGGAAGUGCUGUACUCCAGUUCAGGCCUUUAGGAGAGCGCAGCCUCGCAGAUUCCCAGCGGGAUGUGGGAUCACAGCUCUAAUUAACAAUUCAAAGGCUGCAACCCCUCGGUUGCGUUUUUAUUUACUUAGCUUCGAACGUAGAACGCUGUAGAUUUGAUUAAAAAGGACAAAAGGAAAAAAAAGAGUAGAGGGACUAUUUUAGUCAGCCAUUUCUGUAGGAGAAGUUUCAUAGCCACCUGAGGAACUAAAGAGUCGAUCCCCCAUAAUGUUGAGCCCCUCCAACCACCCCCUAGAUUAAUUAGCUUCGAUUAUCUAACGUCAUUAACACGGUGUUUCCUCGGAAGGGGGCAGAGGCCCUGCUUUCAGGAGUGAUCAGGAUUGAUUGCUGUUGAUUACCUUUGGUUUGGCAGUAGGAUGAAAGGGCAACGCUCCGCAGCGUCCGGGAAAAGCAAUCCCAGGAUCCAUCUCGCAGUAUUAAAGCAGAAAAAAAGUUAAGGGUGGCUUACAAAACUAUUAGCAACAGUAAUUUUUAUCAGUAUUAUGUAACAUAUCAGAUUUAUUUUAUUUAAAAAGAAUUAUUUAUACCAUUAACAGAUUCUUAUAUAUAUUAAUGUGGCUGAAAUGCGCAGGUUAAAUCUAUUAACCAAAUUAUUUAUGUUAUAUUAAGUGAGAAAUGUGAAACAUAUGUAGAAAAAAAAAAUUAAUACACUACAGAUUUAAAAGUCUAAAGCUAUGAGCCAUUAUAAAAUUAACGAACGGAAGUGUAGCACAACAUUCUUUCCAUUUGAUUUCAUUUUUCUUUUUCACACGGCCGGUGGCGAUGGUGACGGAAGCCGCGGCAUCCUCUGCCCGAGGCUUCCCCGGAGAACUCCCAGCCCCAGCUGGAGCUUUUCCUGCCACGCUGGGGCCGGGACCACCGCUUACCUCAGAUUCCCUUCUCCCCGAGUGCCGCCUGUGGCUCUCUGGCUAAGGACUGGCAGUGAUCAGCACCCCGGGCAGCGCAGCAUCCCGGGAUCCCGAGGGUCGUGGCUCCUUCUCCUCCUGCCCCAUGCCGCCCGUGGGUGCCCAGGGCAGCGUUGGCAGCAGGGCUGGGUGCCCGGGCACGCAGCUACCUCGGGGCUCCCGGGCUGCCUCCUGCCCGGGCGGGCUCCCUUCCACGGGCAGCUUCACUUGUCUCUCUCCUCCUCCACGCCGAGCGUUCCGGGGCCGCCAGCUCCCGUUUUCCCUUGGCUCUCCCCAUCCCAUCGUGCGCGUGGGCGAGCGCUGGAGCUCCUCUCCCUCGGGAUUUCCUUUGCCUCCUCCCUGUGCUUCGUGUCCCAGAGCUGAGUUUGUGUCUCCUUUGGCCCCUAGGUCUGUGCUCCCUCCCCGCUGUUUUACUUUACAUCCCUAAGAUUAUGUAAAGUAUUCUCGUGCACUUGAUUUCCUCGGUUAAUAAUGGCAUUGAUGUGGGUGCUAGGAGUAGUUUGUUUCAGUCCAUACCAAUUUUUUUUCUCUCUUUUAGAGUUUUUAUGGUUUCAUGUAAGCAGUUAAUGUAAAUAUUGUGAGCAUUACAGGUCAUGCAGUGUUGUAACAUUUUAAGAAAUGUUGCACCGACUUUACGAUUAAAAAACUGGUCACUCAUACUUGAAUUUUGCCCAUAGAGCCAUUUCUUUCUCUUUGCAUUAAAGCAUAAUCUACUUUUUUGAUGGAGGCCCAACCCUUCUUUCUACCUUAUUAUUUUUUGUUUAAUAAAUCUCUAUUUUUUCUAAUAGAAGACUUAAAAAUGAAAAUUUAAAAAAAAAUACUUUUUGCCUACUUUCUAAUUUAAGAGAGAAUUCCUAUAUUUAAAAGGUGGAGAAAAAAAAAAAAGACAAAAAAACACACAAAAAAAAAAAAUUACUCCAUUGUGGAAAGUGGAACACCACUGGAUUUGUCAUUAACAUGGCACAAUCACCCGAAAGUGGCUGAGUGCAGCAAGCCCACGACGCCGAUCAGGACCUCGGUAGAUUUAGGGAACGCCGUGAUUCCUUGAGGAUGUAAAGUGUUGCAUAUUCUUGUCUAUUUAUUUAUUUAUUUAUUAUGCUUUCUUUUGCUUAAGUGGGUGACGAUGUGGUUGAGUCAUUCAGAUGACAUUCAAAUUAAAGGAAAUAUUCCUCUUUUUAUUAUGGUGCGUUGUGUGAACGCCAUAAACGAAACAAAACAAAAAUAUUUUCAUUUUCUUUCGAUGGAUUUUCUUCGUAUUUUCAACUUCCUGGCUGGUAUCAGCUGCAGAAAAGAAAAAAAAAAUCCACAUAGUUUAAAAAUAAUUUAAAAAAAAAAGAAAAAAAAACAAACCCACCCCACCUCUGAUGUCCCAGGUCUGUUAUCCUCACAGUCUAAGGUUUUAGGGGUUAAGAGAAACUUCAAAUUCCAAGGUCUUUCCGAAAUCAUCUUUGCAGAAGGUUUAUAAGUCAUGUGAAAUCCUUUUGGAGUCCCUGAGUUUGAUGGUCUAGAGAUAUUAGAGGGCUCGUGGUGGACUGAAUUACCUUAGGACUGAAUUACCUUUCUUAGCUACAGUUUGUAUUUUGCUAUGUAGGGUUGUAAUGUGAGAAUUCCAGAAGAGCCGUAGCAUAAAAGUGCUUUUCUAUUUUUUAAAAAAACCCAUUCUAGUCUUACUAAGAAUUAGAGAAUUUUUUUAAUAUCAGUUUUGUAAUUUUUGAUAAAGUUGUCAAUAUUAUGAUUAAAUCACCAGAAAAAACA